AUGGCCUUGGCUCCCAACCUCUACCAUCUCCUCUCUUCGACCCGGUAUGAUUCAAGCCUUCUCGCUGCCGCAUGGAAUACUGCCGCGAACGAGGGGCUACAAUCGCCUUACUUAUUCCUCAGAUACCAUCAUGACCGACUAGUUGCUGCCGCACGACAGCAUGGAUGGCAUGCCGCCCAAGGUGGCAAAUAUGAUGACUUGCAACACGCAUGCGAUAGGGCCGUGCAUGAUGCUCACUCCAGAUCAGACAGUGCUGGAAAGCCCAUGAAGGUCCGUAUCCUCUUGAGCGAAAAUGGUGUCUUUUUAGCGUCGGCUGCCGUUGCAACUACUUUACCGAUCUUAGAUCCAACCGCUGUUGCGCGGUCUCCUCCACCUGAGACCGAUACUCCUUCAGCACGAGAGAUGCUCCUAGCAGAUACCACUCUGAUCAUUUAUCCCGAUAUCUGUUCUACUACUUCGAGUCUCUUCACUCAGACAAAGACUACGCACCGCCCGCAGUACGAUGCAGCUCGCGCACGAAUGGGCAUCCCACCUCUUCCAGCGCCAUCUACUGCGGAUGUUCUACUCUAUAGUCCUUCGGGGGGUCUCACUGAAACCUCAAUCAGGAACAUUGCCUUCUGGCGUCGAUCUCCUCCAUGCUGGAUUACCCCUCCGGUCGCAGUGGGAUGCCUACCAGGUGUUAUGCGGCGUUGGUUGAUCGCACAAGGUAUAGUUGUUGAAGCACGUGCAGAUGAAUUGAGGAGGGAAGAUAUUGGGGAAGGGGAGAUCGUCAUGACGUUCAAUAGCGUGGAGGGUUGCCGCCUUGCUCUCAUCCAAUUUAAAUAG